AUGAAACUUAUACUUCGCAAACUUCCAUACAAAUAUGUUCUCUUCAUUCCUUUAAUCCUUUGCUUAUUAUAUUUUAUGCCAUUUGUAUAUAGAUAUCAUGGAUACCAUGAUUGGUUAAUCGGUGACCAUUUAACUACACCAAUAGCUCAAAGCACUUCAAAAUGUCGAGGGGAAGGCCGCGCGACUGUCUGCGAAUUCACUAAUCUCUGUGUUGACAGCAAACAUGGAGCCUAUAUAGUAAAUCAAGAAGACAUAUCAGUCAUGGCUAAUGUUAUGAAUUCAGAUGAAAUUUCUGAUAUUUUUUGGAAACCUGCUGUACGAUCCAGUUAUCCAGAAAAAGUUCAAUAUAUAAAUGACACUGUAUUUAUAUAUGGUCUAUAUGCUCCUUAUCAUUUCUCGCAUUGGAUGUUCAAUGGAUUGUUGCCAUUGUAUAGCAUGAUGCGUACAUACAAUGCCACUCGAAAUGCAUGGCUCAUGCGUGUUUGUACAGCGGAUUAUCAACCAAGUCUAGCGAUACCCCAGGAUAUCUCAUUCCUCACCGAUGGGAAAGAAAUAGUAUUUAAUUAUGAUGAUAUGUUGACAGAAAUGCAAGUAAUGCCACCUACUGUACCUAUUUGCUUUGCAAAUGCCGUUGUUGGUGCUGGAAAUCUUUGUAGCCUAAUUUACUGUGAGAAAAAUAUUCCAGCAGAACAUUACGAACAAUUUCGGAAUGACAUUCUAAAUUACUUCAUACACAAUGGCAAAUGGGAAAAUUAUAUGCAGAAAGAACAAGCUGACAAACGAGUAUUGUCUUGUAUCAAUAACACAAAAAUAUAUACUCCUGAUAACGGCGAUAUAAAUAUUGAGAAUAAUGCAAAUACACCUGUUAUUGGCGUUCUACAGCGAUAUCGUAAUCGGUACAUAUUGAAUGCUGAAGAAUUGAUCAAUGCAUUAGUGAACCAAAAAUACACUGUCAAGUUCUUUAAUUUUGACAUUGGCUGCUCCCUCCCGGCAACUGCAAAACUUUUAGAGGAUGUAGAUAUCCUUAUUACAUCUCAUGGCAACGGAAUUGGUGAUGCCAUUUUCAUGGCACCAAAAACGACUGUAAUAAGUAUUGACAGUCGGUUCUAUUCCGAAGCAUGGUUUACUUAUGUUCACACUGCAUCCGGGAGGCGAUUCUACAAUUUUCAAUGUGAAUCGAGUGACUGUCAAGUGGCAGAUAUUGAAAUGGCAAAACAAGUGUUAGAACGAGAAGGUGUUGUUAACCUGACAUACUAUGAACUUCUGGAAUUUGUUGGUCCAAAAUAUCCUGACCGACUUAUAACCAAAUAUUUUGCUGGUAAUGGCGAAGUUUAUUAUAGAUAUGCAAAGAAUGCAACAAGACUCGUGGAUGUGGAUAAAUUGGUUAGAUUCGUAAAAGAGAUCCUUGAGGAGGUACCUUUAGUGAAUAAUAAAUCGUUUGUUGAACUUUGUGAAAUUGGCAAGUGUUGUGGUCCAUGGUGUGAUGUGGCGAUGGAGAGAAAUGUAUUCAAAAAAGGUAAUGCCUGGGGUGGUGAAGAGCGGCAAACGGGUACUAGCGUGAUUAAUUGGAAAGCAGCCGCAUAA